AUGUUGUUGUCUGCUUUGUUGUCUGCGGCUUUCCUGCCGCUUGUAUGUGGAUUCUACGUUCCAGGCUUUUCACCGAAUGAAUAUAACAUAGGUGACGACGUACCGGUCAGGGUUAGUGUUUGUUUUUCAGUUAAACCCGUUGCUCAGGCGGUCAAGCUUGCCAGUCCGAAGACCCAACUGCCGUAUGAUUACUACCAUUUGCAUUAUUGCAAACCGGAAAACGGGGACUUCGAAUACGAUUCAGUUAAUUUCGGUAUUCUAUUUUACUCUUUUCGAAUAUCUUCAGGGGAAAUCAUUCAUGGCGAUCGAAUUGUUACAACUGCUUAUAAACUCCAAAUGAAGACUGAUGUUUCUUGUCGGCUCGCAUGUCAGCCAGAAAGUCUUUUAUCGUCAGAAGUCGAUCAGUUUAUCUAUCUUAUAAGCAACAAAUAUUCUGUACACAUGUGGGCUGUUAUUUUUCUAUUAAUAAAUUAAUUUAGGACUGUGGACGACCUACCCAUUUCCCGCGAAAAAAUAUCAACUGGUGAUGCCGUGUAUGAAUUGGGCUACCGAAUCGGUGAUAUAGACGAAAACGCAGCAAGGCUUAAUAAUCAUUUGAAAUUUCGUGUUAAAUACCACAGAGUCAAGUUAGAUCCCCAUUUCCUAAUUAGCUUUAAAUAGUGAUAAAUAUCGUGUUGUGGGUGUUACUGUUUUGCCUUUGAGCCUCGACAGUGACUCAGUCAUUCGACAGCCAGACGGAACGUGUCAAAUAAAAAGCUCUGGGAUAAAUCCCCAAAUUUUGAAGUUAGGAGAACCAGCAAAAGUGGCCUUCUCUUACGAAGUUAUUUGGGAAGAGUCUGACAUCGAAUGGACAUCCAGAUGGGACAUAUAUUUAAGCACGGGUGACGGACAAAUCCAUUGGUUUUCAAUAAUCAAUUCCCUCAUUAUAAUAAUAUUUCUCACAGGUACAUUUUUUAAAGUGUGUUAAAUCCACGUCUUUAGGUGUGAUGGCCGCUAUUCUUCUUCGGACCUUACGGAGAGAUAUUUCGCUUUACAACCGCGAGGAAGAUUCCGUAUAUUUCUCAUUCUUAAUCUCUUGUUGCGCAUUUGUUAGCGAGUUUAUAAACUUUAACUUAACUGUUUGUCAGCAUUGAUCUUAAUUUCUUCUUAUAGGAAAAGCAAUGUUUAUCCAGUUUCCUUAUAUACCCUUACACUAGCAGAGACUUUGUCACUCGCGUACAGCCGCUUAAUCUAGGAGUUCUCAUCAGAUGCCUUUUAAGUACAAAAAAAUUUUAGCUGGUCGGCCUCUGGGUUCCCCGUGUUUUUUCAUAUUGAUUGUUAGGAUUUGGGAAAAUUUAAUGGAACAUUUUCCAAAACAGUCUUCGUCUACCUUGUUUUAAUUCCCUUGCAUACUUACUUGCACUUGGUAAACCUGUGAUCCUGCGUGAUCUAACUGCCCUCGUUGAUGUCGCGUAUUAUAUCUCUCCGCGCAUGACGAUUUGCAGUGGCGGGUCUGGACAGCUCGACCCAUCAUCUUUAGUGACGGAGGCGAACGCCGAAUGUUCAGUAGCCACUUGCGUGCUUUGAACUGUGUUAAGCCAUGUUUUGAGUUUACUUCCCCAUCGACGCCUCGAGGUAGGCAUCGACGCCGGAUAGGGAAGAGCAAGACUGAACUUGUGAGAUGGACAAAGGACGUGUUCAAACCACUUCAGUCGUCUUUAUUUGAUGACCAGAGAUAUCUUUACGAUGUCGCAGCGAGUUUAGACUGUCUCAUUUGAGACAAGCUCGGUGCACUUCACUCAAAGCUUAGUCCUCAGAUAGCGGCAAACAAAUUCCUCUACGUUUCGCUAAUAUUCCACGCGCACAGUCCAGCAUUCAAAUCCCUGAAGUAUGACUGGACGGAUGCGCGGUACGCGCGGAUCCUUUUGUCGAUGGCGACAUUGCGUAGGGUUCGUAGAUGCUUUCGAAGGAUUUUGAAGACUGCAAACAGCAUUGAUUCAUAAGACAAUGUCAUCUAUACCUUGUUUAUUCCACAGCGGUCUCGCUCCGAGAUAUUUGAAACUGUCUACUUCAAGUUGACAGCCACCAAUCCUGAGGGGUGUAUUCGCCUGCUCAGGGAUACGUUCAUGGGUAAACUGAUGUAAUUUGCGACUUCAUCCACCCAUGAUACUCCAGACUGUAGAUCACCAAAACUUGAGGCCAACGAGGCGAUAUCAUCAGCGUAGUCCAGAUCAGUCAGUCGGCGUCCGGAUGCAAACUCAGCACCGUCAACACCAUGUAGGGCUCCUCCGAAAAUGCAGUCACUGGCGUAGUUGAACGGAAUUGACGACACAAUACAACCUUUUCGAGCUCGACAUCGGACCUUGAACGGUUGGCAGGUUGUUUUAGGCCAAAACUCGCGCAGUGGGGAGCAUUAGUAGGUCAUGAUCACAGCGUUUAUCUUAGCCUGCGUAACACUUACUUCCAUCAUCUGCGACAGCGGCUCACGAUUAGCCGAACUGAACGCUGCGGCGAAGUCAACAAAGCAGACGACCGUCGGUUUAUGAUAGCCAUGACGAAAUUUAGGAAUGCAUCUCAGUAUGAAUAUCUAGUUCGCGAAUCCACAUCCAGCUUGAAAUCCGGCAUCAUUGGACCUCCUAGAAUCACACACAGCUUAAAAUCCCAUGAGAAGUUCAACAUCAAAGGCCUUCGCAGUAACCUCGAUAAGGCUCAUACCGCAGUAUUUCACACACUGUCUUAUCUCCAUCCUUGAAAACGGAGAGGGCGCUCAAAUCUCCGUCAUAAGGAAAGACCUCAUCUCCCCAUGCUUGAUCUAUCACCUCAUGGAGCAUCAUAGCUUAUUUUCUCUUGCAUCUUCAAUUUGAAUUCAAGCAGUUCGACUGUUAAAUUUCCGACUUCACUCUGUAUACUUCAGAUGGAUUGAAAAGGCGGAGCCGAAUUCUCAGAAAAGUUUUUUUUCGUGGCCUUGCUACACUCGACUGUCUUUGUAGCUUUAUUCCGAUUAGGGAACGUUUGGAUGUGAACUUUUGAUUAAUAUGCACUGUUAGUGAGCCAGGAGAGACUUGGAUUUAUGUGGUCUGUCGAAUUACUGAGAUGUUAUAAAUUCAUUCAAAAAUGUAUAUGCCGUCUACUUUUGUCUCCUAAAAUACGAGUGUUCGAGUUUUAGAAGGGUUUCUUUGUGACUUUACAUGAACGAUUUGCCGCAUUCCAGCUUUAUUGUUUCCGUCCUUUCCUCCGUGUUUAAGGAAGAAAUUAUUGAAGAAUCCGGGUGGAAACUUGUACAUGGUGACGUUUUUCGACCGCCGAGACGAAGUGCUUUACUUGCUGCAUUCAUUGGAUCAGGCGUUCAGCUGCUCUGCAUGGCAUUUAUUGUAUUGUGUAAGCACCAAUCUUCUAUUCCUACGCCGACUUUUCUUUGACUUUAAAAUGUUUCUCUUUCAGUGCGGCUAAUCCACUUAACAUCGAGUAGGCCUUCAUGACUCAUUUUCUUGCACAUAGACAAUCAUUCUUACCUUUUUCUAGUGGCCUGGACUUACCGUUCACCAUAAUCGUCACAACGCUUCGAUGUGGCCGACUGAUAAACUAAAUUUUAUGGCUUCGUGCCAUAUUUAUAACCGUAUUUUUCGUUUCGCAAGCCAAAGUUAUUGGUCGGGGCACAGCCUGUGAUACUACUUUAAAUUAGUAUAUGCAAUCCUUCAAAAUUCUUAUUUAAACCAUCGCUUUGGAAGGAGUGUCCACUUUAGAGACCUAACCGGAGUAUCGCGCUUUUAAAACUGACUUAUAAAGCCUCCGUCACAGCCUAUAAAGCAUUCUGUUACUUGUUCUCAGUGUUAGAUCGUGUCGCAAAGCGAGACCGGAUUUCUAUGCUCAGGGCCUUGAGUUUGCUGGAUUGUCAAAGUUUUGCGACGUCAAGGCGCCUCGCACAUUACAGUUUUGGUGCAGUUGGGAGGCGACUUUUUAGGUGUGCGGACGAUAAUGGUCCUAUCCGUAGGCGUCAGGAGCCCCGACCCCACGCAUGAAUCUGUUAUUAGUGAACCCGGCUGCGAAACUUUGAGCCGAUUAGAAUGUAGUUGAUUUAACCGACCAUACGACCGUCGUUUGAAUACCAAGUCAGAAGAUGUUUGUGGCAGUGCUGGAAACACGUGUUGGUGAUAAACAAUAGGUUCCGAUCAGAAAGGUUUGGAAUUAUCAUCGUUGCCACACAUGAAAACCGGACCCAGAGCGACCAAUAAGGUGACCGUUUGAAGGGUCACUGGGCCCAGUCCGACCAUCCCGGUCCCCGGAAAGAAUCAGCACAUCACCGCCAUUACCCUUACAACAGCCAGCAGGUUUCUUUGUCGAACUGGUCGACAUCUGAUAUUUGUACGUACAUGUAGACGGCAGUGUUCGUGAUGUAAACCUUCAGUUGUACAUAAGCUCUAUGGCUGCUGGUCCCCACUCAAGCAGUGUCUAGAUAGCUUUCACCAUAAGCGCGACCGCCACGCCGUCUUUGGGGGAAAAGUUACGUGAACUGCUGUGUUACAGGGAGUUGACUCCCGAGCUCAUCACUUUCCGAACCCAUGGGCUGGAGGAAUCAGACUUCACACAGGCCAUAUACACCCACGUUGUACUGAUAAAGACUGCGGGCUAUCAGACUUUGGGUAGCAGGUUCUAGGAACGUUAGCAUAUUCCAGCAUCUAAUACCGAUGUUAUAUUUUAGUUUGCGUAGCUCAUAUCGGAUACUGCCCACGCGCGCUUGGGCCCCCAUGGUCGUCGUAGUAUGGAUCGUAGUACUCUAAUCGGACAUUUUCAUGAGGUUUCUUGGAAACUUUGAGUGCAGCGGGUUCCCAACAGGCGCCUGGAUUGUUUGUUCGAGGUUGUCUCCGCUAGCGCUCUGACUUACGAACCUGCCCGCAAGGCAGCGAUGGCAAGCAAACUUAUUUAACGACUAUUCACGGUGUUCAUCGCAGUGCCGUCAUCGGGCCUUGCGGCAUUUGAUGCAGCAGUCAGCGUGUCAGAUCCUUGCUCACCGCGCCCUGGUAGCAUUAUCACCGCGGGUCUGCCGCCGUUUAUCCGCGCGUCUCGAUAGCUUCGCAACUAAUUCUUGCUGAAGACUGUUUGACCAUCCACCACCUAUGCACGCGCCAGCUAGCUAGGAGGUAAGCUAACAGGGAACACGUCCUGCUUAGUUUUCCUGUGUGGUCGUGAAUAUUGUAUUGGACGACUAGAAAAAGAGCAUAAGCCGAAGGUCUUGAUCACCUUCACUUGAAACCAACUCCUAGAGUGGUGUACACAUGCAUCAUUUCGACUGAAAGCGCUCGCUUUCGCUACAACAGCCACGCCAGCAUACUCCGGGGAAUUCAUGAACAACGUCAAGGACAGUCAUGCUAUAAGUCUCGAGUCCCGUGCGUUUAAUUCUACUGCCCAAAAUCCAGCGCUGCCGCUUAUUUUGAGGCGCUGCAACGGCCUCAACCGAUAACGUUGUUUGACACAGUCAAGAUAUUGAGGUGGUUCCUGAACUCGCGCUAUUCGGUCUUUAUCAUCGGAGAAGAAAGUGGAUCGAGCUCACUCAGUCUGUUACCGCACAUCUUUGCUCAUGGAGAAACACCAUCCGCAUCAUAUACUGGGGGGGGGCGGCCUGAUCGCAGCCGAGUCAACUACAAAUCAGUGUGUGCUUAUUUUGUAACCUGUACGCAACUGGUUGUAGUACUCAGCUGGCCUGAGGUGACGUUGCCGACCGUAAGGCCGCUUUCCGAACCGCGGAAACGAUACUAACGUAAGGUGCUUUCUUUGCACGCCUGUUCAAACCUUCCGUCCUCAUUCUAAGUUGGACACAUUAAUGCCAGAGAUAGGCAAAAAGUCCCACUGUCUUUUUCAUUCUAGCCACUGACAUAUUUUCUUCGGCUGACGAUGCUCCCCGUCGGAGCACAAAGAGAUUUCCACAAGAACUCCUAAGCGGGUCUUGGCUUUAA